AUGGCUCGUCUCUCUGUCGUUUCUGAACAGCUCAUAAGCACUGCAAGUAUACUGCAAAAAAUAGCCGAAUACCUGCCACUCCAGGACGCACGUUCUAUGUCGGCUACCUCACGGAGAUUCUAUAUCGCGGCGAGGCGUCGCGUGCAUAGACAGCUGCAUAUCAUGAAUAGCGCCAUGCUCGAAAAGGCUUGCAUGCUCUACACACCUUUAGGGGUCGCCUCCGAUCUGCUGCUUCUGGUGCGAGAGCUCGAUCUCACGUUCUCAGGGGCGGUAGGAAGACGUGUCGUCUUUGCACCCCAGCUUGCGGUGCUCCUCAUAAGCGCGAAAAAUGUGCGACACCUGUCACUCGACUUCGCAGAGUCGUGGAUCCAGGGGUCGAGCGAGGUCGCUGCAGCCUUGGUGAACAUAGAUAACCUGGCGCACGUUGAGUUCCACGACGCCGGAUAUCACACACUCGGCGUCAUCCACCACAUGCACAGCAGGCCGCUCUCCAUCGGGAUCUGCAACCAGCCCAGGACGCGAGAUGUGGAUAGACCAUCUCGGGGGCAGCCGAUCAGCCUUCUGCAGACCGUCAAAAGCCUCGCGCCGCACGAGGCCGUGCACUCCGUCAGAAUCGCGCUCAGCAAACUUGCGCCUGCCGGGGACGCCGACGCUCCGCUCCCCGCGUGGCGAUGUAUAAACGUGCGCUAUCUCGAGGUCGAUCUGUGGCGCUGCACGAGGCCGCACGCCAUAUUGCUUCAGCGUGCAUUCCCUGAGUUGCGGCACAUCCACGUACUCACCUCUCCGUGGCGCUCGGUGGACGAGCCGGAGGUGGACCUGCUGGAGACGCCCCUCCCCGGCUGGCCAAGGCUGGAUACUGUCUCGGGGUGGCCUAGGCCGCUACUGGAAUCGGGUCUAUCGUGUACAACGCACCAUCUGCAGCUGCUGCAUAGCGACGAUGCACCCUGUCUUGCCGAGGACGCAGUGAACUUGCUUAUGCGCACAGCUCCUGCAGUGCUCACAUUCAAGUACGAUAAUCCUCUCGGUCAUCAGGCGUCUUUCCGCGAGUCGAAUUCCUGGAGCAUUUUGAAAGAUGUCGCGGGGCGGGUUCGUGUCAUUGUCUUCGGCAUGACGGAUAUUGUGGUGAACCCGUUUGCAUGGAUGCAACAUAUGCUGAAAGGAUGUGCCGAGACCGACGUCAUUUGCAUCAUGAUCCACGGUUUGUAUCCGGUAGACGUAUCCAAUUUCGAGGAACGCUAUGCCGCGCUCAUCGCAAUCCAUAUGCCCUCACUGCGAUGCUUUGCCCUCAGCUUUGACAGAGACAUCGAGAAGCGUCCUAUAUUUCCCACCGGCGGGUUUCCUUGCGAGCCGAGCUGGCGCUGGUGGAGAAUGAAGGAGUCAAAAACCAGCGGACGCAUGGUGCCAGAGCGCGUGAAUGACUUCGUAGGUGAACGCGUUGCGACUUAUCUCUUUUCCCCUGAGUAUAAUCCCGACAUCAAUUUGGAUGGAUUCGGUGGACAGGUGGUCUACUUCGUUGUCCAGCCAUUUGUACCAGCGCGGAUUGUGCUCCCACCGGUGAACCCAAACCUGACAUGGGACAGUGACAAUCAUGUACGAGGCAGGAGCAGAAGAUGA